AUGCUUUUAAGCUACUUGGAGAACCGCAAGAUGAGGAUAGAACCUGUCAGGGAUCAUCUGAUAGAGAUGAAUGCAGGAGUUCCUCAAGGCUUGAUUCUCGGUCUUACGCUAUGGAAUAACCUGUACAACGGCUUAUUAGAAUUGGAAAUGCCACACGGUAUAACGCUCAUAGCCUACGCGGAUAAUCUUGCUGUAGUGGUCGUCGCUAGAGGUGAGAUAGAGCUGAAACAGAAAGCUGACUGGGCUAUUGAAGAGGUCAGAUGUUGGCUCAAAGGCAGGUCCAUGUCCUUAGCUCCAGAAAAGACGGAAGCUGUAAUAAUCACCAAGAAAAUGAGAUUACAACAAAUAUCUUUCCUGGUAGAUGGACAAGAGGUUCGACCAGGGAAGGCAUUGUUAUACCUGGGCGAAUGGAUUGACGGUAGGCUCACCUUUGGGGAGCAUAUAAGCAGGACGGCGACCAAGGCUGCCAAACUGGUUGCACUUCUAUCCAGACUGAUGCCCAACAUUGGAGGUCCGCGAGCAAGCAAGAGAGCGACCUUAGGUUCAGUGGCCUACUCUGUAAUGCUAUACGCAUCUCCCAUAUGGGAAGGGGCCAUGAGGGUAAAGUGA